CAAAUCCGUGUCGCCUGCUGCUUUCUCCAUUUCUUGGUCAAUUAUUGCUUCCUCAUCAAUUUCCUCGACCGUGCGCCAAUUAAGAGUGGGAAAUUAAGAAGAGCUAACUCAUCAUCGAUCCUCUUAACGAGCCAUGGCCAACUCCUUCCUCCGCAGGCUCAAGAGCCAGACCUCCCACGUCCUCCGAUCAAGCGUCCGCUCUACCAGAUUGGCCUUCACCGACGUCACUCUCGCGCAGCUGCUCGCCGAAGAAGCAACCAGGAGCAAGCCAUGGCCGCCAAAGGACACGGGGAGGAGGACGCUGCGUUUGAUCUCGCAGCGCUCGUUCGAGGUCGACGAUUUCUGGAGAGUCUCAGAGAUUCUGCACAAGAGAUUCAAGAAAUUUGAUGGGAAGAGGUGGAGGAGUAGCUACAAGGCGCUGCUACUUGCUGAAUAUCUGCUGACUCAUGGGCCGCUCAGCUUUGCAGACGAGUGGCAGAGCGACAGAGAGAUCAUAGAACGCAUGCGCCGCUUCGAGCACGUCGACGACAAGGGGUAUAACUGGGGGUUGACUGUGGAGAAGAAAGCAGAGAGAGUGCUGCAGCUGCUGGAGAAAGGAUCGUUUCUGAAGGAGGAGCGCGACCGGCGGCUUCGGAGGGCCUCAUGGCCGAUCCAUGAUCAUGAGUCUGAUAGCGUCGGUCUUGGUUUCCUUCCGGCGAGUGGAUCAGUCGAAGAUGAGUCAAGAAAUGACACUGCGACGAUCGCUCUUAGAAGAAGGAGGAUCCAUCAGGGUGAGGAAUUGAUGCCUCUGCUGUCGUGUGAGGAAGGGAGAACGAUUGAAGUCUUGAGUCACCAACUGUAAUGCUGUGUUUACUUGGAGAUGAGGAUGAGAGAAUCGAUUAAUUGUACAUCUUUUUUCGUGUUUACUCAUUGUAAAAAAUAAUAAUAAUGGAUGGACGGAUACAAAAUUCAUCUGUGGA